AUCGACUUCCUGUGCAUGUCCCGGGGGAAACCGUGUAGUUGGAGGUGUUAUCGGAAACGUCGCACUUUCAACCCAGCUCCGAAUCAUCAGCAAAGGCUCGGGAGGUGCGAGCUUCCCGCAUCUGGGAACUGUUCCCUGGCUACUGCUUGCAGUAACGGGAAGCCGAUCCGUCCACACUCGGGGCUUUACCGAUCCCCAACCGAGGAACUGAGGAUUCGCUUUGCUUAUUCCUUCGCAGAUCAUCGCCCGUUAGUUGGUGCUUUCCUCCACCUGGACGGCAGACAGGCAGACGACAAUCAACCAACGUCAGUCAGAGUCAGAAUGGACACAGAUCUGAACUCUGCAAUCUCCGCCUUUCUGUCAAAAUGUGACGAUCACCAACUGUUCCAGUUGACGAGAUUCUACAUGGAGCGACUGGAGCAGGCGAUUGAAGAGGGCGUGGAGGGAGUCAGCUUCAUGUUAAUGGGCGAGGAUCACUUCACUGGGCCAGAGUAUCAUCGUGUGACUGAGCUCGCGGAGAAGGGAAAUCGAGCGGGCGCUUCCAAACUCCUCCUGGAUCUGGUGAUGGAGAAGGGCUCCGGGGCCCGGAGGGUGUUGUGGGGAUCCUUUGUGAAACUACAUCACCAUCUACCGAAGCUGAGCAGAAUAUUGAAUGAAAUACGGGAACGAGGUCACGGCCAGUUCGCCUACAUGGACAUGGAGUGGAGUUUAUCUGAACUGCCCGCGCAUCUGCAAGACAUUCAGAGGAAACACAAGGAGACUCUGCGGGCACAAACUGAAACACUGAGAGUGUACACGAUCCUGAUGAGGGAGAAGGUGAAGGUUUUCCCUUUGGUUGAUCGAUACGCUGAGCUCACGGUCAUUUCUACUGUUCGAGAUGAGACAAUGGUGGAAACUGAGCAGCUGGCAAGAGGCAGACACCAUGAGGAGUGGAGAGAGAAACUUCUCCGCAGAGAGCUGGAGAAAAUCCACAUUAAUCAUCUGUUUCUGAAAAGUUACUCACAAGGUUUUCGGGCCCCAUCGAAGGGUUUCUUCGCCCGACCAAGUUCAAGAUGUUCGGUAGCAGUAGCCGGAGGCCCAGGGAUCGGGAAAACAACAAUGGUACAAAAGAUUGUUUAUGACUGGGCCACAGGGAAAAUAUAUCAGCAAUUCCAGUUUGUCUUCAGUUUCAAAUUCCGGGAUUUAAACUCCAUUAACGGCAGAAAAAGCCUGAUGGAACUGAUUCUGUAUCAGUAUCCUUACUUUGGGAAUUUCCUGAGAGAAGUCUGGAAGAACCCAAAGGGAUUGCUGUUUAUAUUCGAUGGUUUGGAUGAAUUCAAUGACAAAAUUGAUUUUGCUGACAGUCGGAGAGAUACAGAACCCAGGCACCGGUGUCCAGAUCCCGAGUGGUGGUGUGAAGUGUCUGACAUUGUGUACAGUUUAAUCCAGGGCAAGCUGCUCCCAGGGUGUUCAGUGCUGGUGACCACCCGCCCCACUUCACUACAGUCUUUGGAAAAGGCAGAGAUCAGUGUCUGGGCUGAAAUUCUGGGGUUUGUUGGUGAGGUACGGAAGGAAUACUUCAUGAAGUAUUUUGAAGAUCAGACCGUUGCAGCAGCUGUUUUCAAACAUGUGAAAGAGAACGAGAUACUGUACACCAUGAGCUACAACCCCUCCUACUGCUGGAUCCUCGCUCUGGCACUGGGACCCUUCUUCACACAAAGAGUCAGGGACCCGCAGCGAGUUCCCAAGACCAUCACCCAACUGUACUCCUACUAUAUUUACAACGUCCUGAAAAACCACGGCCGUGAGAUUGAGAACCCCCGUGAUGUGAUACUCAGGGUUGGUCAGAUGGCCUUCAGAGGAGUGUGCGAGAAGAAGACUAUCUUUACAGACGGAGAUUUGAUCAAGUUCAAUCUGCAGCCUUCCCAGUUCCUGUCCGGGUUCCUGAUGGAGCUUUUGGAGAGAGAGGAUUCUGCCCAGAGCGUGGUGUACAGAUUCCCACACCUCACCAUCCAAGAGUUUGUAGCGGCAGUCGCACAAUUCCUGAAUCCACAUCCCAGGGACAUCCUGAAAUUCCUCACAGAAGCCCACAACACGACAGAUGAGCGAUUUGAGCUAUUUCUCCGUUUUGUUGCUGGUCUCUCCAACCCAAUGACAGUUCGGGGCCUGGAGGAGUUUCUGGGUCCAUUUCCUCAUGAAACAACCUGCCGAGUGAUUGACUGGAUGAAGGAGGAGUUUAAACGCCAGUUUAGAUACACAUGGAAUGAAGCUGGUAAAAGGCGCCUCCUGGACACAUUGCACUACCUAUUCGAGUCUCAAAACAGCGGGCUGGCUCAGGCCACACUAGGAUCUUUGGAUUCACUCUCAUUUCGUGGAAUGACUCUGACCCCGAUAGACUGCGCAGUCCUGGGUCAUAUCAUCACCUUCUGUGACACAAUAAAACACCUCGACCUGUGGGACUGCCACAUUCAGUGUGAAGGAAUCCAGCGGCUGGGACCCGGGCUACACAAGUGUCAGGUGUUGAGACUUGGGGCGAAUAAACUGGGAGAUUCAGGAGUGAAAAUGGUGUCUGCGGCUCUGAGGAACCCGGAGUGUAAAAUACAGAAACUGUGGCUGUGGGAUGUCGGUCUCACAGAUUCUGGUGCCGAAGAUCUCAUCUCCUCCCUCCGUGCAAACCCAACACUGAUGGAGCUGGAUUUGAGUUUUAAUGAACUGGGAGAUUCCGGAGUGAAACUGGUGUCUGCGGCUCUAAGGAACCCGGAGUGUAAAAUACAGACACUGUGGCUGAGGAAGGUCCAUCUCACAAAUUCUGGUGCCAAGGAUCUUGUUUCCUCCCUCCGUGCAAACCCAUCAGUGACUGAGCUGGACUUGAGUGGUAAUGAACUGGGAGAUCCAGGAGUGAAACUGGUCUCUGCGGCUCUGAGGAACCCGGAGUGUAAAAUUCAGAAACUGGAGAUGUACAAUGUCGGUCUCACAGAUUCUGGUGCCGAGGAUCUUGUCUCCGCUCUCAGUACAAACCCAUCACUGACGAAACUAGACCUGGGAUCAAACUCGCUGACAGACCGUUCUGUCCCCGCUCUCCUCCGCCUCAUACUGACCCUCCCGAGUCUGGUGCGGAUCUGGCUGCGGUACAAUCAGUUCAGUUGGAUUGGGAAGAACGAACUGAGAUCUCUGCAGGUGCCCAGAGCCAGAGUAAGAGUGGACCUUUGAACAUCCUAAUGUGUGAACAUCCCAGACCUCGUGAUGGGGAUGCUUUGGCCGAUUUCCUGGCGUCCCUUUUACUGGCCACCCUCCCCUUUAAUGGCCACAAUGCGGGGUUCAUCCCACACCGUCCUGAUGGACACAGGUGUCAGUGGAACACUCUGAGACAUCAGAGACUGUCCCGCAAUCAAGUAACAAUGCACACAAAAUAAUGGAGCAACGAUGGAAUCCAUGGAACACAGCAUCUCUGGAAUCUAUGGAAUACACAUUAGAUACUGUAUCUUUGGAAAAGUGUUCAAUCGAUAUUGUAGUCUGUGACUCUUCAUCUGGACGUGAUUCCGUCUCUUGUCCAGCAUCGCACUUCCACAGGAUGUCUGAAUGCAGUUAUGACUGGGAUUGUUAGGGUCCGGUCCGGAGCCCGCCUUCCGGGUCUUGCUCCGGUGCUAUUGGAUCAUCUGGGCUUAAGGAGAAGUAGGAUGGCAGAGGCGAAGAAGCUGUUCCUGAAUUGCGAUGUGUGUGCCUUCAGACUAUUGUCCCUCAUUCCCGACAGGAACAGUGUGAUGAGGGCAUGUCCUGGGUGAUGGUGGUGCAAAAUCGUGAACACUACCUUUCUAAGGCCCCGCUCAUUGAAGAGUUCUUGGAUACUAAGAAGGCGAGUACUCAUAAUAGAGUUGAAGAUUUUUGUCUGAAACUUAUUUUGAUCUUGUACUGUAGCUCCCCCUCCCAAUAUCAAAUGGUGAUGCAGCCAAUUGGAAUGCUCCUCACGUUAUAUUUGUAGUCGUAUUUUGAGUGUUUUUGUUGACAAACCAAAUCUUCUCAUCUCUGAAAAAAAUAUAGCAGCUGUCUUCACUUUUUGAUAGCCGCAUCAAUGUGUGCAUUCUGGUUAGAUUCUCAGAGAUGUUGACACACAGAAACUUGAAAUUGCUCACUCACUCCACUUCUGAUUCCUCCGCGAGGAUAGUUCUAUGUUCCCUCACGUUUCCCUUUCUGAAGUCCACAAUCAGCUCUGUGGUUUGCUGACGCUUCGUGCAAGAUUGUUGCUGUGAUUCCACACAAUGUGCUGGAAUAUCUCACUCCUGUACGCCCUUCUGUCACCAUCUGAAAUUCUGCCAACAAUUGUACCAUCAGCAAAUUUAUAGAUGGCAUUUGAGCUGUGCUUAGUCAUACAGUCGUGGAUGCAGAAAGAGUAGAGCAGUGGGCUAAGCAGACAUCCCUGAGGUGCAUCAAUGUUGAUUGUCAACAGGGAGCAGAUAUUAUUACUCUUAGACACAGAUUGUGAUCUUCUGGUGGGCAAGUCGAAGAUCCAGUUACAAAGCGGGAUACAGAGCCUCGGUUCUGUAACGUUCUGAUCAGGAUUGUAGGAAUGAUGAUGUUAAAUGCAUAGAAAAGCAGUAUCGAUCCUCAAAGUUUGUCACAACCUAGGCAAUGUUCUUUUCUCUCUGUUGCCAGGUAGAAGGUUAAAGAGCCUCAGGGCUCGCAUCGUCAGGCUCAAGAAAAGCUAUUACCCUAUAGAUAUCAGGCUCUUGAACAAACCGAAAAACGACACAUUUGCCCAUCCACUGAGAUGUUUUCUCAACCAAUGCUCACUUUAAGGACUCCUUAUCUUGUUACUUCAUUUUCUCGUCACUUAUUGAGAGUUAUUCACAUUUGCAGUUGCACAGUUUGUAGUAUCCUGCACUUUAGUGGUUCUUUAACUUAUCCUUAUAGUUAUUAUUCUUUAGUCUUGCUGUGCAUGCCUGCAGGAAAAGAAUUUCAGAAUGAUGUGGUGACAUAUAUGUACUGUGGUAAUAAAACAAAAUAUAGUGACAUGUAUGUAUUUUGAUAAUAAAGUUUACUUUGAUCUCAGAAGAAAUCCUCCUCAUCUCAGUUUUAA